AAACUUAAACUUUACCGUUAACCGUUGGAAGUAAAAUACGUUAGUUACUGUGGAAACUGAAACGGUACCGUUACAUGUCAAGUGAGUAUUGAGUUGGUUUUGUGUCAGCAGCGUACACCGCUCGCUGUCAGAGGGGAGGGGACAGGACCGGACCGAAGAGAGGAGUGAUUCUUUCAAAAAUAGUACACUUCAUCACCGAAGCAACCGGUACAGCAGCGGCAGCGGGCGGGUAUGGAGGGUGUGAAACAUGGUUCGCUACGGAAAUAAAUAACGGGACCGGGACGAUAUUAUAUUGAUACCAAAGAGGAGGCCACAAAACACGGUGAAAAGAGGAAGCGGAUAUUUCAAGAGAGAAGAAGUUACAGCUAGCUGAAGUCAGUGCUGAUGUAUUUGUGGCCACGAAUACCUGCCGAAAAUAGUCCCGACGUCCUUUAUUGAGGCUCCUCUGUCCUGUGUGACCCCCUGACACAGAGAGGAUGGUGAUGGAGGAGGGGGGGCAGAGAGACAGAGGGAGGGGGACUCCAGCAACAGCAGGAGCAGAGGGGAGACAGAUCUUCAUGGAGCUUGGGGAGCAGAACUUUGAUGCCAUUUGUCUCUCUACAUAUCGAACAGCCUGCAAGCUCAGAUUCAUACAGAAGAGAUGCAACUUGCAUCUGAUCGAUAUAUACAAUGUGAUUGAGGCGGUGCGGGACGCUGGUCUGAACGCUGUAGAGCUGAACGCCGGCAUCUCUGUGACCCGACUGGAGAACUUGGUGUCCUCCCUGUUCAACCAGCUCAGCAAGCGCCUGCCCACCACACACACCGUCAACCCGAGAGAGAGCACCGCCCUGUUAGUCGAAUUCUUACUGGCUGCCAUUGACAGUGAGCCAGACAGCCGUCUGACAGUGCUCUCUGUGAAGGCGAUGUUGGCCAUGCUGUGUGGAGGGAAACUGGUUGAUAAACUCCGCUAUGUGUUUUCUCAGGUAUCUGACUCAAGCGGCGUGUUGGUUCAAUCCAAGUUUGAUGGUUUUCUGAGGGAGGCUCUCAAGCUGCCCACCGCUGUACAUGAAGGACCGUCCUUUGGCUACACACACACCUUAGCCCGCUCAUGCUUCCCACAACAGAAGAGAGUGAUGCUCAACAUGUUCCUGGACAUUGUAGCUGACCCUCCUCAGUGUCUUGUCUGGCUGCCUCUCAUGCACCGCCUGGCCAACGUGGAACAUGUCUAUCACCCCGUGUCGUGCUCCUACUGUCGUGGCAAUGGUAUGACAGGCUUCCGCUAUCGCUGCCUCCGUUGCCGCGGUUACCAGCUCUGCCAGAACUGCUUCUGGCGUGGCAACGCCAGUGGCUCUCAUAGCAACCAGCAUCAGAUGAAGGAGCACUCAUCCUGGAAGUCAUCGGCGACAAAGCUUGGCCGAGCCCUGAGCAGGACUCUGGGCUGUGUGUCAUCCAGAGAGCCCUCUCAUCCAAUUUACCCAGAGGAACCUGAGAGGACCCUCAACCUCGCCAACAUAGUACCCUCUCGUCCUAUUGGGAACACCAGUCAGACCAUGUUGUUGUCCCCAUCAGCCGCAGAGUCCUCCAAGAGUUUGGCAACUGCUCAGCGAAUGAACGAGGAACACGCUCUGAUUGCUGCGUAUGUGAAUCGCCUCCAGAGCAGCCCAUGUAGUGUGGACAGUCCCAGCAGACAAGAUGAAGAGCACAAACUGAUCGCCCGCUACACCUCCAGACUGGCAGAGACUGAAGGCACAGGAGUGAUACCUAACCGGAGCAUCAACUUCGAUGUGAACAAACAGAAGAGGGAGCUCAUUGCUCAGCUGGAGUGCAAAAACAGAGAGAUCUUGGCAGAGAUCAAACAUCUUCGUGCGGAGCAUGACGCAGCGUGCCAUGCCAGCCCGGAGAAGGGCAGCACCAACCCAACUUUGCUGGCUGAGCUUCGUCUGCUCAGACAAAGGAAAGAUGAGCUGGAGCAGAGGAUGUCGUCUCUGCAAGAGAGCAGGAGGGAGCUAAUGGUACAGCUAGAGGGACUGAUGAAGCUGCUGAAGGAUGAGGAACAGCGACAGGCAGCACAGGCGGCUGGUUCUUCUCACGCCUCUCCUUCUCGACCGAGCCCAUCAACGGUCCGCUCUGUGGGUGCUGCGUCACCCCAGGCUCACAUGUACCCUCCUCAAGAUUCACUGGCUGGGGUGGGUGGUGAUGUACAAGAAGCAUUCGCCCAAGGCCCAAGAAGAAACUUGAGGAAUGACCUUCUGGUAGCAGCCGACUCCAUCACCAACACUGUGUCCUCACUGGUCAAAGAGCUGCACUCUGAUGAUGUUCGGGAGGAAGAAGAGAGAUUGCUGAACGGGAAGGGCAGAGCAGGUUAAAAUGACUGCAGGACAAACAAAAUCAGCAGAGUGAUGUUUCAUCACGGCCAAAGAAGACUGACCUUGAUGGGAUUCAAAUAUAUCUUCUAAUAUUCAUCGUUAGCCAACGGGGAUUAGAGCUCCACUGCCAAUCAACCAACAAUCACGAUGCUGGACACCAAAUGACCGCUGGGUCCCUACUGAUGUAUAGCUGUGAUUUUGUGUGUGUGUCUUGUCACUGUGGUUUUACUUUUGUUUUGAUUUGAUCAUGCAUAGCUAAACGAGGAGUCCGAAACCUACUGAUUUGUACUGUAGCGCGUGUGCGUGUGUGUGUGCUCUGCAUUUUCAAGGGUUCGAGAGGGUCGAGUAAGUGAGAGGGACGCCGUGAAGAGACAGAAAGAUGCAUUUAGGAUAUUUGUGAAGGAUAAAAGUGCAAGAAAGUUUCAUGAUGGAGAUACGGGAUGUAACCACAUCGGAGAGAGAAAGAGGAGGAAAAACAAAGGAAAGUUAAAAAGACGAGAAGCGAGUUGUAACGUUUAAAGUUUCGGCACUGUGUGCUUAGUAUUUAUUGCUUUGAUUUGAUUUGAUUUUUGGCAUUUAUUCAUGCAGUUUGAGUGAGUUUGAGUUUGCAUGUAUGUGAGUGUGCUCAGGCCCUGCUGAGACGAUAAGCUUUAAUGGGACAUUUCCUGCUGUAACAAGCCCGGCCCGGCCCUCCCCUUCCAGGUGUAGUGAUGCAGGGUGGAAGCCCCAGUCCUGGUCCAGGUGUCUGAAACUUGGAUGAGAUUAGUGCCAUGGGUGCUGGUGUGAUAGCAGCUCAGGUUGUCCAGGCCUCCCUGUGUAUCUCGGUACUGCAGUGGGACUCCAGUCAAAGAGGAGAUAUCUGAUUACUGUAUGUGUGUGUGUGUGUGUGUGUGUGUGUGUGUGUGUGUGUGUGUGUGUGUGUGUGUGUGUGUGUGUGAGGGGGAGAAUAUAAAACCAUUUGCUUUCAACAGGGUCAGUGAAGCAACAGAGUAGCAAAGUGGGUGGAGAAGUGGGCUCUGGAGGUAUUUAUCUGUCUUUUAAAGGGUCAGUUUACCCAAAUUACAAAGUGUUUUUCACUUAACUCUGUAGUCAAGUGUUUCCCAACCUGAGUGUCCCAAGAUAAAUCUGAGGGUCACAAGAUGAUCAAAGGAAGAAAAAAAAACACCAAAUUAUGUUCAUUUUCACUGAAUUCUCCCUACUUUUUUUGAAUUGCUGACAACACAUGUUCACAUUUAUUUUUUGUGUGAUCAGUUAUUUAUUGCAUUUUGAUAUAACAACAUACAUAUCAAGAA